AUGAAAGAAUCAGGAAAGCAUGCUGGAGAGCCCGUAGCCGACGGGCCCCAAGCCGUCGGCGACGGCUGCUGGAAACUCCCGUCAGCCGGAAACACGCAUGAAGACCCAUUUUUCAAUAUCGACGACUUGAGGAAUGCAAUCCCCGACGAUGAACCUUAUAGUGUUCCCCGUUAUCAAUCGCCGGAACAUGUAAGCAUUCAUACAGAAAACUCGGAUGAUAGGGGUUAUUAUGAUGAUCGAGUGGACGAUGAUGAAGAUUGGGGAUACAUCAAUCGGGGUAACGGCUACAAUGCAAGAGGGCAUGAAGAUGAAGAGUUUGGCUAUCAAAAUGCCAACUACGUUGGGGAUGACGAUUAUGGUCAUGGGAAUAGAAGGAAUGAGGGUUACGAGAACAACCGCCAACCACGAACUAACAACCAAAGGAAUCGAAAUGACGGGUAUUAUAAUAACAAUAAUAAUGGCAACCCCAAUCGGAUUCCUCGUUUCGUGGGAGGGGGCAAUCAAAGAGGUAACCAAGGUAGGAAUCACGGAAGGGAUGAGAGAAGGGAUGAAAGAAGGAACGAAAGGAGAGAUGAUAGAAGGGAUAACCGAAGAAUGGGUGAUCAAGAGGUUAACGGUCCUUAUCGUCGUCAACAACCUCCACGGGGAGUGAAUGACCGUUUCAGGCCGAUUGUUAGCGAAAACGAUUCACCAAUCGUUUGCGGUAAUGGAAGCGGGUCGAACAAUCAAACCGGUGGCGAUGAUUUGAGUGCCAAAAUGGAUGCUUUGCUGAGUAUGCAAAAAGAAUCUCAAAACAAUAUAAAAGAAUCUCACAAUGAUAUUAAGAAGAUAAGGAAGACAAACGAGAUUCGGGAUAAAGCACAUGAGGCAUUGGCAAAGCAAGUGGGCCAACUCGCGGAGGAAAUGGCUCAAAUAAGGGGAAGCAUGGGGAAGCUUCCAAGUGACACAACGGUGAACCCUAAACAUCAAGGGUCAAGCUCAAGGAACACAUGUGAGGUGGAGGUGGAAAGAAGCAUAGACGAGGAAGUGAAGAGUUUGGAGGUGCUUGUGGUUCGAGAAGGGAAACCCUCAUGGACGCACCAAGUCGAAAGUUUACCGGAGAGCAUUGACACUAAAUUGAAGCCGUCUUUAGUAGAGCCUCCGGAAGUUGAAUUGAAGGCAUUGCCGAAGCAUCUUAAGUAUGCUUAUGUUGGUUAA